AAAAAUAAAAGAGAAGCAAAAGCCCGCCGUCGGUUUUCAUGCGGAGUCUCUGGCUGUGUAUGGUGUCGUCAGUGCCAUCCUUUGCAGGAACCUCAAAUUCAUACCAACACAAACCCAACUCCAUUUCUUUUCCUUUUUCCUUCUCCAUUUCCUCUCUCCAUCACCAUUCUCAUUCACAUACCACAUAGUUUUCACAGAGCAUACAGUAAUGGCCGCCGGAGGAACUCAGAAAUCUGACGAGUUUCAACCUCAUCCCAUCAAAGAGCAACUUCCCGGCAUUGAUUUCUGCGUUUCCAGCUCUCCCCCUUGGCCGGAAGUCAUACUUCUGGGAUUUCAACACUACUUUGUGAUGCUUGGAACUACUGUUGCACUCUCUACUAUAAUCGUUCCUUUGAUGGGUGGUGGAAAUGUCGAGAAGGCUGAAAUGAUAAACACUUUGUUGUUUGUUGCGGGUAUCAAUACUUUAUUACAAACUUGGUUCGGAACCCGGUUGCCUGUAGUGAUUGGUGGGUCGUAUGCCUUCAUCAUUCCCGCUAUCUCGGUAGCUUUGUCUCGAAGAUUUAAUUUCUAUAUUGACCCUCAUCAGAGGUUUAGAGAAUCGAUGAAGGCUCUUCAAGGAGCAUUGAUUGUUGCAUCUUUCCUACCAAUGAUCAUUGGUUUUUUGGGAUUGUGGAGGAUUGUCGCAAGGUUUCUUAGCCCUUUAUCUGCAGUUCCUCUGGUCACCCUCACUGGGCUAGGUCUCUUUGCACUGGGUUUUCCUCAACUUGCUAACUGUGUUGAAAUUGGUCUUCCAGAGUUGGUCAUAGUGGUUUUAUUAUCUCAGUACGUUCCGCCCCUGAUGAAAGGCAAACGAGCCUUAUUUGAUCGAUUUGCAGUUAUUUUGUCAGUUGCAAUUGUUUGGGUAUAUGCAGAGAUAUUGACUGCAGCUGGUGCGUAUAAAAAUAAAGCUCCAAGUACUCAAUUUAGUUGCCGCACUGAUCGUUCUGGGCUCAUAAGUGCUGCCUCCUGGAUAAAGUUUCCUUAUCCAUUUCAAUGGGGGCGUCCUAGUUUUGAUGCUGGAGAUAUUUUUUCUAUGAUGGCUUCUGCCUUUGUUGCUCUCAUUGAGUCUACAGGAACAUUCAUUGCAGCUGCAAGAUAUGGGAGUGCCACACAUAUACCACCAUCUGUACUCAGCCGAGGCGUCGGUUGGCUGGGAGUAGGGACUUUUCUGGAUGGUAUAUUUGGCACUGGCGUUGGAUCCACCGCAUCAUUUGAAAAUGCUGGUUUGUUGGGUUUGACCCGAGUUGGAAGCCGGAGAGCUGUUCAAGUUUCUGCUGGGUUCAUGCUUUUCUUCUCCGUGCUUGGCAAAUUUGGUGCUGUCCUUGCUUCUGUUCCCUUACCAUUAAUGGCAGCUUUGUACUGUGUCCUUUUUGCCUACAUAGCUUCUGCCGGUCUCGGGUUCCUCCAGUUCUGCAACCUCAACAGCUUUCGGUCAAAGUUCGUACUUGGAUUCUCUCUGUUCUUGGGCCUCUCUGUGCCCCAGUACUUCAAUGAGUAUCUUUUCAUUUCUGGACAUGGUCCUGUCCACACUAAAGCCAGAUGGUUCAACAACAUUGUGCAAGUGAUAUUUUCUUCUCCAGCAACUGUGGCUGCUGUGGUUGCCUUCUUCUUGGACAUCACAUUGAUGAGGAACCACAGCGCAACUCGCCGAGACAGUGGGCGGCAUUGGUGGGGGAAGUUUUAUUCCUUCAAUCUAGAUACGAGAAGCGAAGAGUUUUACUCCCUUCCUUGGAACCUCAAUAGGUUCUUCCCCUCAUUUUAACUUCAAAAUAUUUGUUAUAGAUGCGAGCUUAAUCGAAGGGAUGGAAAAGUAGAAGAAAUAUUUGACAUUGUUUUGAGUUAUUUGGAUACUUGAAAGAGUAGAAGAUGUUAAAGUAUAUAUAUCAAAUAUGUAUAGGAACAAAUAACACAAUGAUUUGGUUGCUAUUUGAAAGCUUUUGAAGGCUGUCUUUACAUUCUUAUUAUACAUUAUACAAUACAAGUAAAAAAUCUUCACACCUGAA